AUGUAUUCUAAAAUAUUAGUUAUACUCCUAGGAAUAGUUGUGAUAACCUGUAAAGAUUUAAAUGAAACUGAUAGGGCGACCAGAGCAGCGUUUAUACAGAGGUUGCUGAAUAAGCGAAAGUCUUUAGAAGGAAGAGUAAAACUUCUCGGAGGAUCAAACAAGUUUGAAGGUAACGUCUACAUUUAUCACGCUGGUCGCUGGGGAGCAGUAUGCGAUGACUCUUGGGACGACGCGGCUGCACACGUGGUAUGCGGUGGGCUUAAUAUGACUGGUAUUGCCACUCAUGGUGGCCAGUUCGGAACAGCUGUUGAAAAGUAUUGGAUGGACGAUGUUGUUUGCGAAGGUGAUGAAAGAUCUCUGUCACACUGUAUCUUCUCCGGUUGGGGUUCAUCGGAUUGUGAUGAAAAUGAAGCAGCAGGAGUCAUAUGUGCUGAAGUAACUGCCAAUGCUAUUCCCAGUAAUCUAAAGAAGAAACCGACGAAGCGUUUACACGAAGUGCUGGAUAUUGGGACCAGUAUAAGACUAGUAGGUGGCAAAAGUAGUGCUGAAGGUAGAGUUGAGAUAUACCACAACAGUCGUUGGGGUAGCAUUUGCCCUGAUGGCUGGACAUUAUACGAGGCUUCGGCUGUUUGCCGUCACCUGGCUCUUGGUUACGCUGAGCAAGCCCACCAAACUGAUUACUUCGGCAGCUCCAAGAUUAUCCUCAGCGGGAUACAUUGCCAGGGGAAUGAAACUAACCUCUUCAUGUGCAAGCAUCAGGCUAUUGGUGAUGUGGCAUGUCCUGGUGAAGUUGGUCACGUAGCCGCUGUGGUCUGCACCAGACAGUUAGCCGAUUUGCUUCUGGACACAACGGCCAUUCAAAGGUCUGCCCAUCUACAAGAUGUACCGAUGUUUCAGCUUCAAUGCGCUAUGGAAGAAAAUUGUCUUAGCAAGUCUGCUUACGAGAUACAGAAAAUAAAUCCCAACUGGCAGUUUGAAACUCGUCGCCUGCUGCGAUUUACGGCUUCUUCAUUGAACAUUGGCAAUGCGGAAUUUAGGCCCUACCUACCGAAGCAUCUGUGGCAAUGGCAUCUUUGUCAUAUGCAUUACCACAGUAUGGAAGUUUUCGCUACGUUUGAUAUACUGAACGGUAGUGGCCGAAGGGUAGCCGAGGGCCAUAAGGCCUCUUUCUGCUUGGAGGACAACACAUGCAUGCCGGGCGUGGAGAAGAAAUACUCCUGCAAGAACUAUGGAGAUCAAGGUGUAUCAGUGAACUGUUCAGAUAUAUACCAGUACAACGUCGACUGCCAGUGGGUAGAUGUGACUGAUGUCGAACCUGGAGACUAUACAUUCAAGGUGGCAGUGAAUCCACACGCACGUAUCGCCGAGCAGACCUACCACAACAACGCCGCGUCAUGUAUACUCCGCCUUACGGAGACAUACGCUUUGGUUUACGACUGUAAACUUCUGAGGCCCUAGUAGAAAUCUUUAUCAUCAGAUUGCUGUAAUCGGAUAUGAAUUAAACGAAUAAGUUUAUAUAUA